AUGAUAGCCUUCUCCUCGACUAUCGGUAUUGGGCUCUUUUUGCAAUCUGGCAAGGUCAUCUAUCUCAUCGGGCCUGGAGGAGCGGUUCUGGCAUAUCUCAUAAUGGGAAGUUUGCUAUGGUCUGCCAACGCUUCUUUGGAAGAGAUGACUGCAGUAUUCCCUGUUAAAGGUCCAAUCAUCGACUUCCCCAGCCGGUAUCUCGACGAAAGCGUUGGAUUUGCUGUGGGAUGGAUGGCCUGGUUUGCGUAUAUCAAUUUGACUGCAACAGAAGUGUCAACCUUGGCAUCGACUUUCAAAUUCCAAUUCGACCCUGCCUACCUCCAAUCCGUCAAUUAUCCUCUGGACAAACUCCAAUGGGAUUUCGGUCUCAACACCGACCCUGCAAUUUGGGUCGGGAUGUGCCUCCUUGCCAUCCUGCUCGUUAAUCUCCUUCCAGUCCGAGCGUACGGUGAAAUAGAGUAUGUCUUUGGUUGUAUCAAGCUCGUUGUUAUCACCGGCAUCAUUCUCAUGCAAAUGAUCCUUAACGCUCGAAAUGCAAACGGGAAUACAAAUUCUGGAGCUUUCACAUACUACCAGUCACCAUGGGGUUUCUUCUCGAACCAAACGGUUACAGAUCCUCAGGGUGAUCGGACAUAUACUUUCACUGGUGGAACGGGAAGACUUGUCGGAAUGUGGUCUGCCAUGAAUACAAUAUUUUUUUCCUUGCAGGGUUUCUUCACUGUGUCUGUUACCGCCGCAGAGAAUAAGCAUGUCGAUAAGGAUGAAACGAUCAAACUUGCAACGCGGAAGAUCGCUCUCAGAGUCAUUGUCUUGUAUACCUUGGUGGUAUUUACUGUUGGGCUCAAUGUUCCAUACAAUGAUCCUAAUCUGCAGGAUCAAACCAUCAGCUCCAUCAGACGAGGACAAAACUCGCCAGUCAUCAUCGCUUGCGUAAGGAAUGGGGUAGUCGGAUGGCCGCAUUUCUUCAACGCUUUCUACAUCUUCUCAGCUUUCUCGACUGGCAUCAAUGGGUUGUAUAUUAGUUCGAGAUUGUUGCAUGCCCUGGCUAGUAUCCGCAAUGUUUGGCCUGCCACUGGAUGGGGAAGUAAGAUUAAGAUGCGGUUGGAGAAGACGAAUAGCAAAGGAGUACCUGUCAACGCAGUCUUGUUGAGCUGGCUGUUUGCAUUUCUCGGUUUCUUGGCAGUAAAGCCCGAGCCAGCCAAGAUCCUUGGCCGCCUAGCCAUAUUCUCAACCUGCUCCAUGCUGAUUGUCUACAUCUGUACAUCUGCUGCCUUCCUAUCUUUCAAGGGGCUCACACUGAAUGGCGAACCCGAUGAAGGUGUCUUAAUUCCCACGCCAGAUGGCACUUUCCUGAAUCGCAACGCAACCGACUAUCCCUACAAAUCGCACGGCCAAUGGCUCCGUGCUGCUUACGCGCUCACGGGCUGUGUUCUUCUUGUUCUCUUCAACGGCUGGCGUUCCUUCCUGAAUCCUUUCUCAGACGCAGACUUCUUGGCUGCGUAUCUGGCUGUUCCGAUUUUCGUGGUCAUUGUGGUACUGUAUCAUAUUAAGGAUGAGCCGGAGUGGGUGCCGUGGAGGUGGGGUGUGAGGAGAACGAUGGAUAUUGGGAAUCCGGUGGCUACGAGAGAGAAGGAUCCCGAAAAGAGGAAGGGAAGAUUACACAGAGCUGAUAGGGAUGUGAUUUUCAGUUGGGGUAAUUUAGGGGCCUUCUUUGGGUGGGUUUGGAUUUGGAUGAAAUAA